UUGCAAGGUUCGACAGUUGUCAAGCUGACAUUAGCAUUAGGAUUAUUGGAUAUUUAUAAUAUUCAAGCUAUUUCUGUGUAUAGCUGAAAAAACCCAGCAGCCACCAUGGGUAAUGAGAGUUCGCUGCCCAUGGAACUUUGCUCCAACUUCGAUGCCGACGAAAUACGCCGUCUCGGGAAACGUUUCCGGAAGCUCGACUUGGAUAACUCUGGAGCCCUCAGCAUUGACGAGUUUAUGUCUUUGCCAGAGUUGCAGCAAAAUCCUUUGGUUCAACGUGUCAUCGAUAUUUUUGAUGCUGAUGGCAAUGGGGAAGUCGACUUCAAAGAAUUCAUACAAGGCGUUUCGCAGUUCAGCGUUAAGGGCGAUAAAUUGUCCAAACUGAGAUUUGCAUUUCGCAUUUACGAUAUGGAUAAUGAUGGAUACAUCUCCAAUGGAGAACUGUUUCAGGUCCUGAAAAUGAUGGUAGGAAACAACUUAAAAGACACACAACUGCAACAAAUCGUUGACAAGACUAUCUUGUUCGCUGAUAAGGACGAGGAUGGGAAGAUCUCCUUUGAGGAGUUUUGCAAUGUCGUUGGAAACACCGACAUCCACAAGAAAAUGGUGGUCGAUGUCUAAAUUAGGCUCGUUCGCACGGAAAACCUACAAUGCAGAUCCUAACUGUAUAGUUAAAAUCAUUUAGGUUUACGUUUUAAUCCCCAUCACGUUAUAUUAAUGAGUACCAUUCAAUUGAUUAGGCCACUGUCUAAUUAGGGUUUGUUCUAGUCAUAACUAAAUCGAACUAUAAAAGUAUAUUUAUUAAAUUCGGUUAAUUUCCCUUUAAAAUGCAUUCAAUCUUAAGCAGCGACCUCCUUCGCCACUAGUAGCACGUAGAACAAUAUAAUAUCUGCUUACGCGAUUACUGUAAAAAAUCUAUUGUCGUUGCACGAAAAGCUUGUAUAGUGUUAUUAACAUCUAUGUAUUGAUUGAAACGGUUGUUCUUUAUAAUUCUAGGUGUUGUGUGUUUAGCGCUUGAAUAAUCUAAUAUCUAUAGAGUUUUGUUGAUUGUUUUAUAUAUUUAUAGGCAAAUUAUAUUGGCAUGGUAGACGGGUGUAAAGCUCUUUCUGAUUGCAGAGGGUGAAUCAGAAGCUUCUCAUAAACUUUACCAUGACAAUCAAAUCGACUUCUAAACAACCUUAAGAAAAAUACAUCGAAAUCGAUCGGGAUUUGGCUUUGAUGUAUAUUUUUUCGUAUUUAGCGGUUCAUUUGAUUAAUAGUUUUACUACAUGAGUUAAUUAAUUAAGGUGGUAUCAUAUAAAGAUCUAUUUAAUCACUCGCUACUGAUAGUUGGACGUUUUCUUUGAAUGUUAGUGUUAACUCUAAUGCGUGGUUAUAUUAUAUGUCGGUAUAUGAAUAAAUAUUAUUUACCUCUCAA